AUGGCAUCGGGUGAGGAAUACAUUUCAAUCGAUCAGCUCGAUAGCUAUCUUGAGAUGUUCUAUGAGCACGGAGACUUGACUCCGAAGGUCAAAGCGUCCUACUACAUUAUGAUGCUCUCGAAAAAUCCUGUAAAUUUGCAGUAUUUGGUUUCUCAUGAACAACUACUGAACCUUUUAGCAAGAACACUCCGAGAAGAAGGAAAGAAGAGCAUGGAUCUGAUGAUCAAUAUCCUCUAUGUUUUUUACAGCUUUUCUCACUUCUCACAAUUUCAUGAAAUAAUUACAAAAUUUAAAGUGGGACUGGUAGUCAUGGAUGCGAUUGCAUACGAAGAAAAACGAAGAGAAAAAUUAAUCCAAAAGAAAGAGAAGAAAAUGGAAGAGCAGCGAAAGGUUGGAGAAACCAUCACAAAACAAGAAAACUUACUCUAUGUUUGUUUUAGGAUUUUGUUGAAUUUGGCAGAAAAUAUUGAAAUUGAAAGCAAGAUGAAAAAGAGAGGUCUUAUACCUCACCUGGUAAAUGCAUUAGAUGCUGAAAAUCCAGAAUUGUUGUGUGUCUUGGUCACAUUCUUACGAAAAUUAAGUGUUUUCCAGGAAAAUAGGACUGAAAUGCUUGAGGCUAACUUAUUGCAAAAGGUUUCAUAUCUCUUUCAAUUCGAAAAUGCUAUUCUCUUAAACGAGACGAUUCGAUUAUUGAUAAAUAUGACUUUUGACUCCAACUCACGAAAAGCAGUCCUAGCUGUCACUCCAAAAUUAGUGGAGCUAUUAAGAUUUCCUGAUCAUUUUGACUUUUGUAUAAAGCUGCUGUAUCAAUUCAGUCAAGAAGAAGAGUUUUCAAGCUAUAACUGUGCUACUGAAGCGCUUCCAUUCAUAAUACUAGAGUUUGUAGUAGAAUAUCCUGGCACCAGAGUGGGAAAAGAAUUAAUUGCGCUAGCAAUCAAUCUAUCAUGCAUAGAAAGUAUUGCAACAAAGAUGUGUCUCCACAACAAAGGACUUUCUCGGCUUAUGGAUAGGCUUGUACGAACAAGAGAUCAACACCUUGCCAAAAUGGUACGAAAUAUUUCACAACAUCCUCAAUUGGGGCCUCAGUUUAAACCAUAUGUAAAUGAUAUUUUAGGAAUGUGUUCAAUUGCCGAAACUGAUGAUCUAUUGGUAGAAUUAUUGGGAAUACUUGGAAAUAUGAGUAAUUCAAAAUCCUUUUCAUUUGCGCAGAGCUUUAGACAAUAUGAUAUUGUCACUUUUUUGUUCAAUUUGCUUAAGAAGGGAACCAAAACAAGAACAACCAUUGUCAACGCCUUGACCAAUGUACAAGGUGACAAAGAUGAUGACAUCUUGUUGGAAGCAAUCAUACUACUUGGAAAUGCUAUAUCAGAUGAGGAGACUGCUGUGCUAAUAGCCAAAUCUCCAAUUAUUCUCACUCUGUGUAAUAUUUUCAUCGAAAAGCAAGAAGACGAUGAAAUUGUUCUGCAAACUAUGUAUGCCUUCUACAAAAUGUUGUUAUUUAAUGCAACUAGAGAAGGUUUAAUGAGUCAACACCAUAUCAUCAAGGUAAUCAUUGAAUUGUACCAAGAUGAUAAUGAAAAGAUUGCGUCCACAUCGGAAACCAUGUUGGACAUUAUAUCGGAAUGUGAUGAACAAUGGACGGAUAUCAUCAAGCGAAAGAGAUACUUCUUGUACAAUCACAAGUGGCUCGAAGAAGUUGCCAAUUUACCUUUACCACAAGAAAUUGGGCAUGUAGAUGAAGGAGUUCCAAUUCAAGAGAGCGAUGAACAUGAAGAUGAAAUGGCACACAUGGUUGACAUGAGUGAAAUUAGUGAAGACCUGGAGGUUGGCACACUCCAUUGA